GGUGGCGAAAUGAAAGCCAGUGGGCUAGUAGUCCACGGCGAAGCAACCCCCGUGGAUCGCGUUGUUCGCCCUUCGCGUUCGGUUCCGAGGUCGACCCGCGAAUUAUUCGCCCGUCGCCACCCCCGACCUGUUAUCAGAGACGCGCGCGUUUGAAAUCACCGCGGAAACCCCUACGGGACCUCAGGAGAGUGUCCGUUCGCCAUGGAGGAAAGUUCGCCGAACAAUAUGCAGAGCCUUCGCGUGCCGUGAAAGUGCGCGUCUUGGUGGGUGAAAGUUUUUGACUGAGCGAUGACGAGUUCGACGACUGUGCGUGGCGUCCUGACGGAUUCUUAUGAUUACUCGUCGACUCUGUGGGAUGCCGUUUCCUCGAACAGCAGCGAGACUGAGCUGGAGACGUCGAGCGCCAGUCCCGCCGGAAGCCCGAGCGACACGGAAGAGCUCAACAAUUGGUGGGCGAUGCUCGCGCUCGUCCUGGUUCUCGGCACAGCCGCGGGAAAUAUCCUGGUAUGUCUGGCGAUCGCUUGGGAACGUCGCUUGCAAAAUGUUACUAAUUAUUUCCUGAUGAGCCUCGCCAUCACGGAUCUUAUGGUCGCCAUCCUGGUGAUGCCGCUGGGGAUCCUUACACUCGUCCGAGGAUACUUCCCGCUGCCGUCGGUUUAUUGCCUCGCCUGGAUUUGCCUCGACGUGCUAUUCUGCACCGCCAGCAUAAUGCAUUUGUGCACCAUAAGCGUAGACCGCUAUUUGAGUCUGCGCUACCCGAUGAAAUUCGGGCGCAACAAGACGAAGAAAAGAGUGACGUUGAAGAUCACCUUUGUCUGGAUCCUGAGCAUCGCGAUCAGCCUACCUCUCAGCCUAAUGUACUCAAAGGAGGAUGAUUCGGUGCUGGUGGAUGGAGCCUGCCAGAUCCCCGAUCCCCUCUAUAAGUUAAUCGGCAGCAUAAUCUGCUUCUAUAUCCCGCUGGGAGUGAUGUUGCUAACGUACGCAUUAACAGUAAGACUGUUGGCGGAGCAACAGCAGAACAUCGGAGGGACAGGAGCAGGUUGGUCAUCGGGGUGGUUAGGUGCCCCUCAGGGUGCUCCUCAGGGUGCGUCCUCCGCGACAGGGCUUGAGCGACGGGGCACCUGGAAGAGAUACCUCCUGAACAAGAGCUCGGGCGGUAGCGGCGGCACGCCGCAACACACCUCCGGCACGUCGACCGACACCGAGCUGACCACCCUCGACACCCACGAACUCUGGCUACAGGAGAGCGAGCCACCACCCUCGGCCAUGUCCGCCCUUCACGCCUUCGGCGCGGAGAUGCUGAAAUUGUCGAGGGGUCUCGAGGGGAUGGCCGGCAGCUCCAGCAGUCAGACUCCAUCAAAAUCGGCAACCCAACAUCAACAUCAACUUCAACAUCAACAGCAGCAGCAGCAGCAGCAGCAGCAGCAGCAGCAGCAGCAGCAUCAUCAUCAUCAUCAUCAUCAUCAUCAUCAUCAGCAUCAUCAUCAACAACAGCAGCAGCAGCAGCAGCAUCAGCAGCAACUUUUGCAGUUGCAGCAGCACGGUCCAUCACCGCGCAGAUGCAGUUUCCGCAACGGAGAGUAGCAUGUCACAGAGAGUAGCAUGUCCUGCUCGAGAACGAGCUUAUCGACGGAAGAAUUCGCGAGUCCUUGGAAGCAUCGAAGACGAGCGUCUACCUACAAUGAAGCUCACAUUGAGAGGACGAUGCAGAUUCUGGACUCGCCAAAAACAUCCAGAAAAAGGUCUUUCAGCUUCCACGAGCAGUCGUCCUGUCGCAAAGGCGAGGACGAGUCGACGCGCAAAAAGUGUCACUAUCACGACGGAGGAGCACAGGAAGGACCGAUACCGCAAACCUGUACGUGUCCUUAUUUCGGGGAAUCCUCAAAAAAGCCGCUACCGAGCGAGAUCGUCAUCGUUUCCAGCGACACUGCGAAGCCUAUUGGUAACAGGAACUUGGAAGUGAGUCUCCCAGGUGACACUAUGAGAUCCAUUGGCAACAAGGGUCCGGAAAUGGGUCUACUAGGCAGAAACAACAGUGCCAGAUCUACGGAGGGUGCCAAAGGUUACGAGCAGCUGACCCUCUCGAAUUCCGUGGUCACGUGGCGUAGCGGAAGGCGAGGUUCCAGCCUGGGCAGCACCAGGACCCUGCUGUCCGCUAACGCGAGAGCAACGCCGUUACGACGCGCGGCGACGAUGCGAGCGCACAACGGGGCGAUGGGCACGAACGUGACCCUGAACCAGAGCAAUCCAUCGUCGCCGAAUCUGCUGAGGUACCCGGGCGGCCAGGUACGCAGUCAUCACUCACGCAACAGCAGCGUAAUCUCGCGCAACAGCUCUCGCCACGGUAGAAUCAUCCGACUGGAGCAGAAGGCGACUAAGGUCCUCGGCGUGGUGUUCUUCACGUUCGUGAUCCUGUGGGCGCCGUUCUUCGUGCUGAAUCUGGUGCCGGCUGUGUGUCCCGAUUGCGAACGUCGCAUUGACCGCAAAAUCUUCGACCUGGUCACCUGGCUCGGCUAUGCCAGUUCCAUGGUUAACCCGAUCUUCUACACCAUCUUCAACAAGGUCUUCCGCCAGGCGUUCAAAAAGGUGCUGCUCUGCAGGUAUCGGAAUCAAGAGUGGCGACCGCCUAGGUAGGCUCUGGGCCCCGGGAGACCGGGGAUCGCCAUUAGCAGAGUGUGAACGAUGGGAAGAAGAUCGAUGUUGCGUGAAUUGUCAAAGAGACAAAGUCGGACUCUUCGAAUGGUGCUAUUCUAUUCGCGCGAUUAGCUUGUUUCGAGAAAUGUUAUAACGAAAGCCUGAAUAGCUAGUAUUCUUUACAUGUGUGUGUGUAUGUGUGUGUGUGUGUGUGUACGUGUGUGAAUAGCGCUGCUGAUUGUUGACGGAUUAAAAGUUAUCUAUCGAAUCUUCCUAUUAGCGACUCCUGUUAACGUUUCGUACCCAAUAAUAAUUUUAACAAACUAAAAAUAUUUUUUUAAAUCCUCCUAUAUAUAUGUACUGCUCCUACAUGUAAUACUUCAUAUCAAUUACAUAUCAAUAUGCAAUAAUAUGUAAUAUAUAAUAACGCCUAUUUUAAUAGUUUUCUAUUUAAAAGUAAUCGGCAUUUCCUAAAAAAAAAAUAUUUUAUUAUGAGAAAACUCAGAUCCCUUACUAGGAUUAUUUUUGAUAACUCAAUCGCGAGAUAAUUUUAUCUCCAUGCUAAUUUUUAUUUGCUUCAUUUAUGUUUCGUAAUAACAUUUAACUUAAGUAAUUUUCAAUUUCAAUACUAAACACAUUUUCCAUGUUCAAUGAUAAUAUCUAUCCUACCUGAUGUUUCAUCACGAUCAAAUUUAUGUUUUAUGCUUGAAUUACUUUUUAAUACAAGAUUCUCAAAUGAUUUUCUUUAUAAAUACACAAAUACCAUUCCUCGAACGUUUUCUUGCGUGCGUUUAGAACAAACUUUCCAAUAGCUUGAUCGCGCAAAGACUCGAAACGCGAGUAAACAAUCUGACUAGUAGUCUAAUAAGGAAACUGUAACAUAGUACUUCCAAACACGCUUCCUGUAACCGCAAAAUCACCCGAUAAACUACCGCUGACUAAUUAAAUUCUCAAUUGAAUUUCCCUAAUUAAAUCCCGCACGGAGUAACGAGGAAUUUGUAAAUAAAAACGGAACGACGUGCGUUUAAUUAUAAUUACGAUUAAGAGCGUAGAAUGUGUAUGUAUGUGUGCGUGUGUGUGCGCGCGCGUAUGCGUGUAUAAACUGUAAAAACUUGAUAGUACGUAAGCUGUUAUUAAUGAAAUCGGUGCUCAUGCGAAAAGUGUGUCAAGAGUGAAGUCAUCGAAGAACGAGGAAAGAUUCCAAGUUCGGCAAGAUAAAUGAAACGAUCGAUAGAGACUCAUUAAUGGCAUUAUAGUGUCGUCGAUGUAUAUACGAAAGAGAAAAAUAUCCUCAAGGAAAAACCCUUGAUCCUCUCGUUGUUUCUGGCAUGUAAAUCGCCACGCAAUAAUUAAAGAGACACGACAAGCUUCUUAUUAUCAUCCCCUAAUUAAUUUUGCGAAAUGUGCCCGGUGUUUAGUCACCGGUAUACUUUUCUUUUUAAUAAGAACUUUUAAGAGAUCACGCGAACUCAAAAUUUAUUCCAUAAAUUCCACAGGCUAAAGGAGACCCUAAAAUACAAUCUCCGAUUCAAUUUUAUUAUAAUUAUGCAACCAUAAAUAAUAUCCCAAUGCAAAUGUAUCGGCAGCUCGACAAUUAUAAAUCUCGAAUGCAAUCGCGUAACAAUACAAAUUGUCAGCGUUGUUGCGGAAUUGUAUGAUUCCGUAAUCGCCGAUUCUGAAUUCGAUUAUAUAAUGCAUGUACAAUUGCAGAUCCGGCAAUUGUAUCGAGAGUUCGCAACUACAGAUACGUAAGUGCACCGAUUGCGGAAUCGUAUGACGACAGUGCAAUCGCGGGGAUUCCCAGACGCGUUUACGGGAUACGAGGAGACAAAGGGAGAGGAGGGUUGCGGUGGAAAGGGGAAGAGAACGAGAGAGCAACCUGUCGUUCGCAAAAAUAAAGACACGAUCGUCGAAUUUGCGCAAGCGUGAUGCAACACCACGGCGCUACGGUUCGCCGUUGUAUCGAGCCGGUGAUUGGAGUACCAGGCGAGUACAGAGACGGAUGACGGAUACACACACGGUGACGACGAGCCCCCUAUCGGACCCCUCCAUCGGACCGCCCAAUCAGAAAAUCAAUUGUAGGUCGCCGCCGCAUUAAUCGUCCGAUCGACCGACUGUUCACCGUCGUCACACUAAUUAUUUAGUUUUCCAUCGUUGUUCGCGGCUUGUCCCGACCCUGCGGAAACCAUUUAAACUGUGCGCAACGAGAUGGCCACAUUUUACUGCCGAUCGUUCCCGGGAAAGAGACAACCGAUAGACGAUAUAAUGCCACGCAAUUUCCAUCAUCCAUCGAUUACGUUCAAUUAAUAACUUAAUGUUACCGUUAAAAAGGCCUCAUCACAAAUUUUCAAAGUACCUUACGCGCACGCAGACAAUUUAGCAAUCCCGGAUUUUUUAAAUUCAAUCCUUUUGUUUCAUUUAUUUAAAAAAUAAAUUUUAAUUUCCUCGUUUCUUUUAUUUAAAAUAACUAAUCUCGAGUUGCCAUAGAAAAUACCUUUCAACAUGAGGGAUAAUAAUAGAACGAAGUUUUGCGGGAGGGAAAAUCUCGCUGUAGAGUUAGACUCAAUUAUCAUUUACAGGAAAUUCGUUAAAUUAAGAUAUUAAGUUUGUUAACGUGACGCUAAGUAUCGUGCAUUUAGGACGAGCGAACCUUGCCAAAAUCGAUCGAGAUUAAUUGACCUCGCAAAGUCACGACAUCUGGAUUCGCUCGGGUUCGCAAACUCGAGGAAACCUCUCUAUCUGAUGUUACAACCGGAACGGCAUUAAUUAUACUUACUCAUUAACGCGCAGCACAAGUUACGUCCCUCGAUAAGGCGAUUGAAUGCACAAGAUGCAUUCGUUCUAAGAUUGAAACUCCCAAGAACUUAGUUACCGAGGUCUCAGUAACCGAAACAACACAGCGUGAGAGAAAAAAUUUCGAGUUGAAACAGAGUCCAAUGUAGAAGUAAAAAAAAAAAACAAUAAUCUGAUUUCAUUCCAAUCGGAAUAACGUAAAGGGAAAACAGUGUUAUUUUAUU